GGAUAACGCUCCCGCAGUUAUCUUCCGCAGUACAAGAGAGAAAAUGUCCGAUGAAAAUGAUGGCCUCAUUGUAGACGGCGCGGGAAGGCCAGAAGAGGAGAUCCAGCUAGCUUAUGAUCAACACCUUAUUAGUAUGCCAAUGGUAGAUUUAGUGGAGAGGGAAAGAGAUCACACCAUUGAACGCUUUGAAAAAGAGAUGAAAUGGCCAACACGGAAAGAAAAGAACAAAGAAAGAACAGUGAUUCAAAAGGUUCCAGAGACCAUACUAAAGAAUGGAGCUAACAAAGAGCAUUUUAAGCCAAAGGAGUUGUCAAUCGGUCCUAUUCAUGCUGGUGAUUCUGAUUUGUUCCAAAAAGAACUCAAGCUUAAAUUGGCAGCAUGUUACAUCAAAGAAACCGGUAGAAACGUGCAUGAGUUAUACCAAGAAAUCGAGAAUAAGUUGCGGGAGAUAAAGAUGUCCUUUGAUGAAGAGGUAAUUAAUACAUAUAGCGAUAAGGAAUUGAUAGAAUUGUUGUUCUUGGAUGGGUGUGCAAUUUUGGGGUUCAUACACAGUUAUGUUAAUAAGAAGUUAAAUAUGUUUCCCAUCAGUAAUGAGAAAGCGGCCUUGAUUCAGCAGGAUUUGUUUUUGCUAGAGAACCAAAUACCCUUUACAGUCCUCAAAGUGUUGAUGGACUUCGAAAAUGAAGAGAAUUUGAUACAAGAUUUUUGCAGAUUUAUUGCUCUUGCGAGUACCUUUCCAAGGGACAUAACAGAGUUCAUAGUUAUGGAUUCGGUUGCCGAAGAUCCCAUACAUUUUCUUGACCUUUUCCGGCAAGUACUCUUGCUUAAAGCUAGCCAUAUUAUCUUCAGGCGGAGUCAUCUCACGCUAGAGGUUCUGGUUUUCAAUCUUUUUUAUCUCUGUAGUAAAUUGUGUUGUUGUGGUUGGAUACAAGUUGCGUUUGAUUGUUGCUUGGAGGGACUAUCUACAAUUAUAUCAGGAUGUAUGAAGUACUUUCGCAAGAGGCAAUCAAAAAAGAAGUCAGGGCAUAUAAAGUACUCCUUUCGCAAUGUUCAGGAACUUCAAAAAGCAGGGAUAGAUUUCAAGCCAAGUGAUUCUUUAACAACCAUAUCUUUCCAUUCUCCAUUCUUUACUAGAGCUCAACUUAUGCUUCCCACAUUAGUUGUAGACAAUUCUACGGAAAAAUUGUUGUUCAACCUGGUCAUCUUUGAGAUGUGCUUACCCGAAUAUCGUCAAAACGAAGAACCUUGGAUUACUUCUUACGUAAACUUGUUAGACUUGCUCGUUGACAAUGACCAAGACGUUAAGGACCUAAGGGAUGCGGACAUUCUUCAGAACUGUCUCGGUACCAACACUGAAGUUGCGAAUUUGAUCAAUAGAAUAGGCUCCAAAUGCUUUGCACCACGCGAGGACACUUAUGAGGAUGUCAAGAAGAAAGUAGAAAAGCAUUGCAGGAGUAUAUUCAGGAGAAAAUGCUCGCUCUGGAUGACUCAAGUCUGCCAUACUCAUUUUAGUAGCCCGUGGACUAUUCUGGCUCUUGUCGCCGCUACAGCGGUACUUGCAUUAACUGCUGUUCAAACUUAUUAUGCGGCCUAUCCAUACCACUGAAAAGGGUAGUAGAAGGGUCGAAUAUACAGCUAUCACGAGCAAAAUGUGGAAUUGAGCUUACUGAUUCCUUGCACCUAUCUUAAUCGCUGUCGGAAUUGCUUAGGCGUAAUCAAGAUUGUCAUUUGGAAGGGCUAUCAAAACCUUUUUAUUUGGCUAU